AUGAUUGGCAAACUCGGAGACGAUCUCCUCACAGAAAUUCUAAUUCGCUUCCCCAACCCUACAUCCGCCUGCCGGAACAAAGCCGUUUGCAAGCAAUGGAGAUCUCUGAUUUCUGAUCCCAGCUUCCGUCUCCGUUUCAUCUCCCACCACCAGAGCAAGAACAAACAACCUCCUCCGAAGCUCCUUCUCUCAGCUGAAAGCCUGAGCUUUUUCCCCAUGCCCGCUGACAACAGACCCUGGGAUUUCGCAGUGCUUGAUUGCUUCAAGGACUUGCUUUUAUGCGGGUUUGGGGAAUCAGGCCGCUGUACUAAUGCCGAACUUGUCAGAUCGUACUUGCUCUGCAAUCUCUUUACGGAGCAAUGGAUUGCCCUCCCCUUGGCCCCUGAAAGGCCAAUGGGGCAUUCGGCAUUGUAUGCAAGGUUAGUUUGUGAACCCUUGGUUUCUAGUGAUCAUGAUAUCGGAGCUGGUUAUAUGUAUCGUUUCCGGGUGGUGUGUAUCUACCGAGAUAGGGGUAAUAUGAAACUAGACAUGUUCUGUUCCGAGUCUGGAGAAUGGACAAAGGAGGCUUUUUUGCUGGAAGGUUAUUGCAUAGGCGGACUAUAUGAUGUUGUUUCAUGCAAUGGGGUUUUAUAUGUGCCGAGACCACAUGGCUUGUAUAGACCUUCGAUUGCUAGUUUCAACGCAUUUCGCCUUGACAUAGCUGUCACUCCCAUUGAUGUUCCUCCGAUUGCUGCGGAACUGUGGUGGAAUAUUUCAGUUUCACAAGGUGCCCUGCACUUGACUGGGAUCGAGGAGCGCGCUAAGUCUGCUGGUUUGUUGUUUCAUUUGAGCGUUUGGAGACUAGACGAAAACUGUAAAACUUGGAGUAAGGUGUGCGAAGGUCCAGUGAAGUCAUCAUCCGUUGGUAACUGUGGCUGGGGCCUUUUAGUUCCUACUCUGCAUCCAGAGAAGCCGGAAGUUGCCUUCUUCACUGAUUUUUGUGGUGUUGCUGGGAAUUGUCAUCUGUCCUGCGAUUUGAGGAAGGGGGGAGUGCUAGGGUCCGUCAGCGAACUAACUCAAUUUUUUACUGGUUGGAGGGUGUUUCAGCCUAGAGUUCAUUGCUGGCCUACUCCGAUUCCAAGGUACGAGAAGUUGCGAGUUAUAUACGAUGGAAGCUACGCCGGUUGGGUUCAGUCCAACGAUCCCAGUAAGGCAAUGACUCCUUUGAGUUGA